AUGUCAAGCUCAAUCCAAUCAUCAGUAGUUAGUGAGAAGCCGAUACUGUACGCCAAAGGGGCUGUCCAGGACCCUACUAUCAUUGGUGACUGCCCCUUCACACAGAAGGCUCGUCUAGGACUGGCUUCUCAAGGCAUUAAUGACUACAUAUUGAAGUUGGAAGAUAUGACCAAGAAGUCAGCCGAAUUGUUGCAGGCCAAUCCUAAAGGGACUGUCCCUGUAUGGGUAUAUAAGGAUACUAUCAUUGCCGACUCCGAGGAUAUAUUACAGCAGCUAUGUCCUGAUGUUGUGGGAAGUACUACUACACAGGAGAGGGAAGUCAUCGAUAAUGAGCUGAAAGCCUUCCAAUCUGCAUGGUUCGCCACGAUGAAGGGUACGGCUAAUCCAUCUACUUUGAUGGAUGCUGUUAAAGCGUUAAAUGAAGUAUUAGCAACUCUACCUCCAACGACGAAUGCUAAGAGAAUCACAGAGUUGCAGGUCAAGUUAUGUCCACUACUGUAUCAGUACAGUAUUGCGGGAGUUCACUAUCGUAAGCUCCCACCGUUACCUUCACAAUGCUCUAUGAUGCUGAGUACGAUUGAGAAGAGACCCGAAUGGGAGGCGACGGUGGAGCACCAGGUUGAAGAUCUAUUCCGUGAAUAUGCAACCUUAUUGGAAGUCUCUCAGCAACAGCAAAGGGAUACUAACAAUGUUAGUGAGGAAUCACCCUAUCCGGAGUUAUCAGACCUCCUGGCCUUACUUAAGAGGAUGUGGUUGAGAGGACCACGUCAGGUUGCUCGACAGGUUCGAUAUGAAGGAAUACUUGUUUCUAAUAUGAAUGCUUUCCGAGUCCGGCAUUUGGAGAACGCCCUACUCCAUUUUGAUAAGGUUAAGCAGCACCACACCCCAGUGGAUAUGUUUCUUCAUCGAUAUUUCCAAGCCCAUCGAGCUAUCAAUGCUGAUGACCGUGCUUGGAUAUCAGACCAUAUGUAUGAGCUCUUCCGUUGGCAAGGGUUGAUCGAUCAUUGUACCCCUAAGCCGGUAUCAACUCGUGGGAGGUUAUAUACCUACCUCACUAGUGAUCGGUGGCGAAGUAAUGCACAGAAUAGAAGACUAGAUCCUCAUAUACGCACGUCGAUGCCGAAGGAACUAUUCGGGCGACUUGCUGAUUCGUUGGGAACAGACAAAGCAGUCGAAGUAUCCAGUGUGUUGAAUGAGAGGCCAGUGACCUUCCUACGGGUCAAUAUUAAUCAGUCAUCGCGUUCUGAUAUGAUGAAGUUUCUUUUGAGUAAGGAAAUUUCGGUUGAGAAAACGGCUACUAGUCCGGUGGGAUUGGUUAUCAAUGAUAAGAAGUUGUUAUUGGAUUUACCUGAGUAUCGAUCGGGAGCAGUGGAGAUACAGGAUGAGAGUAGUCAGAUAAUGGCCUUACAAGUUAAAGCUGAUCCCGGCAGUGUGGUCCUGGACUACUGCGCCGGAAGUGGAGGGAAGUCGUUGGUGUUCGGCCCGAACAUGCAGAAUACUGGUCAUCUAUAUCUACAUGAUGUACGGGACUCGAUGUUAAGGGACGCUAGGAAGAGGCUACGCCGGGCUGGUAUAAGGAAUUAUACUUUGCUAUAUCCGAGGCAUCCGACACUGCAUAAGAUGUUAUUGGGCAAAUGUGAUUGGGUCCUAUGUGAUGUCCCAUGCAGUAGGACGGGGGUUCUCCGCCGGAAUCCGGAUGCGAAGUGGAUGUAUUCUGAUGAGAAGCUCUUCCAUUUUGUGGCCCUUCAAAGGGAAAUUGUUAGGAAUUCACUGCGAUAUCUCAAACCCAAAGGCGGCAAGUUGGUGUACUGUACUAAUAGUAUUUUAGAUGAGGAAAAUAUACUGCAGAUACAGCAUUUGUGUCGCUUCCAUGAAUUAGUAUUAUCAGAAGAGCCCAUGCAUGCCAUGCCCCAGAGUAAAGGUAUGGACGGUUUCUUUAGUGCUACACUAGAGAGGAAAUCGACCUAG